GAGUGCCAGGGUCUUAUUGUUGCGCAUGGCGCGUAGUCUUAUUCUGGGAAAUAUUUGUAACAGGUAAAAUUAACUUAUGGAAUGGAUAGGUGAAGUAUGAUAUUAACCUUUAAACAAGAGGUCGCGGUUUUGCGUAAGACACAAUGCCUCAUUAUGAAAAACAAGUGUACCAAGAAAUACUAAAUUAUCUUGAUUGAUGACAAGGAAAUGGAGCGAGCACAAAAUAGUACUGACAAAAUGACGGACGAAAAAGCGCAACCUUCUUGUUCCCGAAACCGCUCUUAGGACAGAUAGAGGGCUAGGAGCGUAAAUACAAAGGUAAUGGAUAAAUACGGACAAAUGCAAUAACAUCACACAUUAGGCUAUUGAAUAUAUGCGGGAGUUCAAAAGUGUAUUCCUUGUAUCCCCCCGCCAAAGGCGAAGGGGGAUAUUAGAAAUGCUCUCCGUGCGAGCGUGCGUCCGUGUGUCCGCAACGAUCUUUGUCCAGAGCAUAACUCCAAAAGUACUGGAGGGAUUUUCUUUAAACUUCAUACACUGAUAGAACACAUUGGAAGGAAGUGCGGUGUGCAAGAACAAUAACUCUACCUUGCCUAUUUUUUAAUGAUUUCCCUUUAUCAUAUUUACUUUAAAAAAUUGUUCGGAACAUAACUCCAAAAGUACUGGAGGGAUUUUCUUCAAACUUCAUACAUUGAUAGAACACAUUGGGAGGAAGUGCACUGUGCAAAAACAAUACUCUACCCCGCCUAUUUUUUGAGUUAUUCCCCUUUUUCUUUUAAAAAUAUUAUAUCACAGGGAUUUUUUUUUCAAGAAUUUCUACAGCAACGGAUUUUCCAAUGAGCAUUCUUCUUUUAAGUGUAAGUAUUCCAGUUUGCACUUCCUUAUGUGUGUAGUGCUUGCAUUAGUUUGCUUUCAUUUUUGGUAUACCUAGGCUUUCUUUGCAUGUUUGAUUUCACUGUUUGUAUUCUACUGUCUUUUAACAGAUGGUGCCAAUUACACAAGCAACAACUCCUAAACAAACUUUGUAUUUCUUAUUCAUUUUACCAUGUGAAAAUAUUUAUUUGAAUUAUUGUCCCACAUGGGGACAUACUGUUUUUCCAAAUUUUUUUUUCUUCCAAAUUUUGUUUAGUUCUUGCUUGUGUAAUGCCUGUGACUGCCUUCCCGAGGCGGCACCGUCAACAGAAGAUUUGGGUGCAGGGUUCUAGUGUUAAUAAUUUAGAUACACACCAAGCUUCUUGAUAGUUUCCUUGCAUUCUCUGUUGAAACAAGCACACCACAAGUUUGCCUCUUCCUGAAGACUUUAGCCAUACCUGCAUGAAAGCUUAACAUAGCUUUAUUUUAUAUUGGCUUCAGUAUAACCACAUAUAAUUCAUUUGAUUUAAUAAUGUAAUAAACCACCUCACCACUGACUUAUUCUUUCUUCCACAUCUUUAAAACCCCUGAUGCGGACCACAACUAAACGGUUCUUCAAAGCUUUCCCCAAAAUUAAUACUUUCAGACACUAACUUGCCAGGAACUUUACCCGGCGGGGGAUUAGUCAUGUCUAACAUGGCUCUUGUUAUAAUGAAAAUACUAUAGUAUGACAUUUUCCAGUUUAUUACAGGUCAUAAGACUUCUAAACGGUUACUCAUCAAUAGUUAGUUAUAUAGAACCUAAAUUACAGUACAAGUAAAGACAGUAAUAGUGUUACAAACUCAGUUAAAGGGACUCUAGCCCAUGCUGAUAGAGAUGGCCCGUGUUGUCAAAACAGUUAUCAGUGCAAUCUUUCCAACAAGAACGUGUUCAGUAUUCAAUGGUCACGGACAUUUGUAUUGUUAUUUGACACUCUAAGACGUAGAGGUAAAAAGGUAAAAAAAAAUUAACGUGGGUAGCUGACGAAAGUUCCCACCUGGAAUGGAUUGGAACAACUUAUUUCCAGCCGAGCCGACGGCAGGUGUCAUAUUUACUCCCUAAGUAUCCCGUCUAUGCCGUUACUGCUGGAAACAGUAUCAAUUUAAAUUAAUCAGCCAGCACUGAACACUGGUUGGGAUAUCAGCUGCAACCGGGAAUCGAAUCCUGGCCGAUUGAGUUCCAGUCCAACCUACUAUCCACUGCGCUACUGAUUCCCUUUAAAGAAACGUACGUGCAUGCCAUUUACACUAAUCGUUUAUUUAGUUUAUACUAAUUUGUUUUAGCUCGAUUAUGAUGAAAGCGUCAAGCUUAUUGGAACCACUCUCGAGUCCGCUUCCUGGAAAAAACAGUACUGGUGUCAUAUCGUUUAUUUAGGUAGAGUGACAUGAAAAACAAUUUAUCUGAUUUUAAAACUGUCGUCUGCACACGUAGGUUUUGACAAAGGAAGUCGGGGUGAUAAUAUGCAGCGGUAUUUAAUGUCAUUUAAGCAGAUACUGGUGUUUAUUUUGAUAAAUAAGUUUUAAACAGAUAUAUAUUGAUGUAGUAGGAGUCAUUGGAUAUCAGUGAACACAUUUCCUAUUUCAUAUGAUAAGCUAGUGUAAUAUGUGUUUGUGGUGAUCAUGCUAUAAUAAACAUUUUAUUCACUGUUUUUACUUCUUAUGUCGGAAUAAACCAUGUCACUUACUCAAAAAUAUAUUGAUUUAAAGUAUGAUGAUGAAACACUGACAAUUGAGGAAGUUCUGAACAAAGAGAAACUUCCCAUUGUUGUAAGGAGGAAGUGUCAAACUAGAAGUCAAACUACUGAGACUGAUAUUCCAGAAGGGACAGACAUUUUAUUUCAGUACGUUUCCAAAGAAACGUUCGCGCGCGUGAAAGUAUUGAGCUUUUAUGAUAAUGAAAAGAUGCAGACAGAAAAUGGAGCCGAAUACGUUUUAGAGCACGACACAUUUAUAGGAAACGAAUAUUUAAUGCCGCUGAAGUUUCCCGGAAAGGUUAAACUUGUCCGUAGACCUGGAAGUAGCGGACGAUAUCUAACAAUUAAGCAGGUUAUUGCUGACUGCCCUUCAUUUGUAAAAGCUGACAAUGACGCAAAGGCCUACAUUUCAAGUGACAUGAAAAAAGUUGUGACAGUUCCGGCAAAAACUGUUCUAGAAUUAAAGAGAAUAUUCACUAAAGCAGAUGCAAACGGAAUGUACCUAGAAUGCAGUGAUGGAUUGAAAACCUACACAUUUAAUGAACACGACAGCAUAAAUUUCACUGUGAUAGAGAAGAACACGCUAUACAGUUUGGAGGAACUGCCUCACAUGCCAGUUUUACCAAAAGUGGUUUUAUUCCAUGGAGUAACUCCACAUGAUAUUGUCUUGAAAGACAGUGCUUUGAGAAGCGCUAUGUGUACAUUUGUGGAUGGGCCAGUUGAAAUCCUGAGGUUUGUAAGUGUUGAAUACCUCACUUGCUGGGUGAGAGAUAAUCAUCUAAAGACUUACGAAACAAUGAUUGUUCCGAAGAGAUUCUGGAAAAACACGUUCGUACAAAAACGAUGUUUACAUAGCGUUGAAGAAAAGGACAACUACAUAUCAAAAAAAUUUGGACACUGUUUAGAAUCUGAUUUUGUUUCCAAGUCACUGUAUUUUUUGUCAAUGAGUCUCUCAGAGGUAACUUGGUUAAGAAGCCCUGAUUUUUUCAAACAGAACUUGGAAGGAAAUGUUCUCUACGAUAUUGUUAAAAUACCCUACUGCGAUUCUUCUGAUGAAGAUGAUGUGUAUGCAGAAAUUUAUGAACCACGUCCGCCAGUUCCAGAUCGAGACAAAACCUCAAAAGCCAAGGCUUCGGAGAUUGGAAAAGGGGUAUCUAAAGCUGUUGUAGAUGAGAAACCUUUAUCUCUGAAAGAUAACGAGUCCUACGAUCUAACAAAGACAGAGAGUGCCAAAAAUAAGAAUACAAAAAAGCAAGAACCGACAGCCCAGAGAUCACUCCCUCAUCUCCAAGGUGAAUCACGAAAAAUCCUUGAUAAAAAGUACACGCCACUUGAAUUCACAAAACCUUCUUCAAGAAUUUAUGAGACAUUAGAGCAAUUUGGUGAUUCCUUGCCAUUAGGAUAUUCAAAAAAUAUUCCUGAUAAAUCACAACAAUAUGUAGAAGCUGGACAGGUGAAAAAAGUUCUUGAAGACAAUCAAACGGAAUGGGACUUUUACAAUUAUUCUGUCAAAGAAGUGUCAUUUUGUUUUGAACACUGCGGUUUGAAAAGCCUAGCUGAUAUGUGCUAUGAAAAGAAAUUAGACGGCUCUUUCUUUAAAGGAUUUAACGAUUGGAAAGAGCUGAGCCUUACCAGUUUAGAUAUAAUCAUCCUAAAGAAAAUGAUUUAUGAAGGCUGGCGAUCUAAAGAUGACAGUACGUACGGUGUCAGUACACAUAUGUAGAUGGAAACUGAAAGAAAAUAUAUUGAAAAAUGACAUUAUAUGCACCUGCUUUGAACAGCCCUGAAUACUUUAUAACAGUUGAACAUCUUCAUAUCUAUCUUUACAUAAGACAAUUUUAGAUCAUAAAGCUUUUCAUAGUACAUGAAGACAAUAGGUACCCUUCCGGACAUUUUUUCAGGUACGAGCGGGUAUCAGGGUAGAACCACCGACCUUCCGUAAGCCAACACGAUGGUUUCUCACAUGAAAUAAUUUUACAUCCAAAACAUAGCUUCGAACCCACACCGCCUUAGCAAGUGACACCAAGUAAUCCCGGAAAUGUCCUUAACAGAUAAUUGUUCAGCAAAUUAUUAUUGAACAUUUACUUCCUCGGCCCCCUAUUCAUAUAUCUGAUUGAAAGUUUAUAUACCAGAUUUACAAAUACAUUAUUGUCACGCAGCUGUUUGACAUGAUAAUUGCAAUUAAACGAUUUAAAAGAAUUUCGUUAGUCGUGACAAUUCAAGUCUUAUAACUUCAAAACCAUCACAAGGAAGUGCAGAGGUCAAGGAUAUUGUCCUCUGAAAUGUAAAAUCAUCUUGAAAAUCUAAAAAUAGGCAAACCCUACUGAGCAUUCCAAAUCAAAAACGCACACAAAAUAAACAUUAUGCAGAAACUAACCACAAGUCUAAACAGCAAAAUUAUGAGCCUGUGUCAAAAUAUACAACUAUAAAUCUCAA